CCUCGACUGAGCCACACAAAAAUUUGUAAGGAAAAAAAUGGCAACAAGCUUCUUAUCAGCUUCUCAUCUUCUCCUAUCUCCAAAUGGAGAAGCAAGAAAAUGUAGAUUAAUGGAUACUACUCAGAGUUUGUUCUUGAGUAACAAAAAUGGGGUUGUUUCCAAAUCUCAUGGCAGCUUUGUUGUCAAAUCAAUGUUUGGAAUGGGAAGAAAAAAGACUAGUGUUGUGAAAAGAGAAACUGUGAUUCCCGGCCCAGAUUACCGAUUACCAGUUGCGUUUCUUGGCUUAGCCGGUGGACUAGCAUAUGCUGAUAAUCUAUUUGGGGCGGUACCAGUUGGUCUCAUUGGAUUGUUGUUACUAGUCCAGUCAACUCGGGUGAAAUUUGUAUUCGAUGACGAAGCACUGGAAGUGAAAAUAGGAGAGCAACUUGAGGAAUCAGGUGAAAAUGCCUUUGUUGGUGGCAAAAACCGUUGGAAAUACUCAUCAUUUGUUAAUUGGGAGUUGUGGUGGCCAAACUUUCCCAUCUUGGUGUACUUCAAGGAGACGCAGACAAAGCCCGAAGGACAAAUUCAUUUCUUUCCUGUGAUUUUCAAUGGGAAACAACUUUACGAUGUUAUGGUGGAAAGAGCUGGUCCUUCGAAGACAAGUGGACCCAAGUAAUCGCAAAAGAGUUUUUAUUUCCAACUAAUUGUAACAACAACAGCAACAACAAUUGUGAUAUUGUCAUAACCAGCACUAAAGAGAUGGUAAGGUAUGGAUUUGAGCAGUUCAAUGUAUUCAAGUAUAAUUGUAUAAAGGCAUACAAAGACCAACCCUAUGGUUUCAGUGCAAUUUGACGACAUCAUCAUAGUUUUCUAUAUACAUUUGUAAGGAUAUGGUUGCAUACAUACUAUGAUCGUUGUUCUGAAAGUUAUAAAAGAAGUACUGAAAAUAUGAAUAAUGUGCUUAAAUUUCUUUUUCUUUUGUUUUGUUUGACACUGACUGCAAUAUAAACUUUGCUUUUCA